AUGACUCCUGAGUACAUUAUACUCACAACAACAGCAAAAAGAAGAGAGCAACAGCAGAGUGGAAUCCCAGAUCGAAGGGAAAACUGGCAAUUCAAAGUGGUGGCCUCACUCCGGGUGAGGGCAGGGAACACCCCGGAGGUGGAGUCCCGGAAGACCCCCGUUCACUCGUUCAUCCCCAGGCCACACGGCUUUCCCCGCCGGUGCCAGAGCGUGUGCGCGAUCUCCGAUCGCAAAGGAGGCGGUCAUCUCCCCGCCGCCCUCCCGGGCCCCAGGCGGCAGGCAUCGGGGGCGAAGUCCGCGGCGCCCAGUGUGCGGCGAGGCCCAGAAAGAGUCCCGUUAGAGCCGAUUUCACCCGUCAGGAAUGCGCUCCGCCCCCGCCGCCUCCCUACGGCGGCCGCCCUCCGGUCUAGUCCGCUCCGCUUCCCCGGAACGCUCGGGGCAGCGCCGCGGACAGCCACAACGCGGUCGGAGCCGCAGGCCCGGCCCCCCACGUCCCGAUCCACACCCCGGAGACGGCCGCGCCGUUGUCCCAGCCCAAGUAAGAGGCCUGAGCGGCGCCUCGAAUCCCCAUCCGUAGGGGAGCCGCCCGGCCCCUGCGGCUCCGGCGCCCGCCGUACCUCAGCUCCUCAGGGCGGCGGCGGCGCAGGGCGGCCGGUGAGCAGGCCCAUCCCGCGGAGGCAAAACGCGGAGGAAGAACGGAGGACGGCUCUUCAGCACCGCCGCGGAACCUUCUCAGCUAGGGAGAGAGCUGCCGGUGGAACGGUUGCGGGCGGCCGCUUUCCCGAACUCCCCUCAGUGACUCCAGCCGGACGGUCGCAGCCGGGAACCAACACAGCAACUGCCAUUCUCCCCCGCCCUCGCCCUCAAGCCCCGCCCCCUCCACCCCCUCCUGCCCCACCCGGCGUGGCCCCGCCCAGCGCGCCUUGCGUCUUGGCGUCACGCCCCGCCCCGUCCCCACCUCCUCGGCCGGCCGCGGUUACCUCUGGGACGCGGUAGUAGUUCCUUGGCUUGGGCACGUUCCCCUCGCGCUGCGCGCUCUCGCCGCCGUCCCUCCCGCGGGCUGCGACUCACUCUGAGUGCGCCGGGCCGUUGGGCGGGAGACACCCUUCUUGUAACCCCGACCCGGUCUCCGUGAGGUAACCAAAGGGGACGGCGGGAGCCGCGCCCCAGAUGGAGCGCGUCCUGGAAUCGAGGACCCUGUCUCGGCUUUUCGCAGCCUGUUUUCACCUCUUUGUUUCUCACUGUUCACCUGCUUGAGUGGCGCCCUCCUGAGAGCAGAGCCAAAGUGUGGAGGCCGGGUUCUGCUACUCUCAGACUCUCGGUCCCCAAAGAAAUAUCUCCGCCCUUGUCAAUGUCUGAUAUAGUCAGUUACUUUGCCCGUGUGCUCCAUUCUCUUCCAGCUUUUGAUCCAGUCGGACACCCUUUGAACUUUUCACCUACACAAGACUUGAGAUUGGAAGGGUCUGCUGUUACUAGUCCAAUAUGCAUCUUCUGAGGAAGAGAUAUACCUGAAGGACAUCCCCACUUAAAUCUAUGGAGAGUCCUGGAUUAGGCACAUCUCAGAAUCCUGGUAAUGAGUCACUUCCAGGCUGACAGUCCCUUAGCCCCUAGACCACACUCUCCCCUCCCUCUCCAGCUCCCAGUCUCCUGCUGUGGCUCCUUCCUCUCAUCCGCCCUUAAAGAACUCACUUUGGGUUGGGAGAGAAAACAUCACAAGUUUGGAGGAAAAUUGACUGUGCCAACCAGCAUUCCUAAAAGCGAUCAAAGAAAACACGCUUUUCAAAUAGUUGGAUAGCUAAGUCAGGGAGAGAAAUAGCUGCCGUUGCAGGGCCAGAGAUCUCAAGACAAUUUUAAAUUGUUCCUAGGACUUUAAUAUCCUGUGAUGAAAAGGCAACAUUUUGUACAAUACAUCCCAAGGACAGGAAGAAAAACUGAAACCCAGAACUGCAAUGUUUCCACAGCUUUGUUCAAAUAAAAACCCUCCCCACAAAA